UAGGCGCCGGCACGCCGCGAACUGCUACGUUUCCUACACCUGGAUCCUCCCAGCUGCUGCGCCUCAUCCUCUGAAAGCGGGCGGGCGGCGACGGGCUGCCCCGUCCCGGCUCCGAGCGAGCAACGGGCCUUGUGGCGGGGAGGGAGGAGGUGGAGGAAGAAGGAUGGAGGCGGCUUGGCGCCAGGGCGGCCGUGGCCGGGGAAGGGGGAGAGCCGGAGCUGGCGGGGCCCCUGCAGGCAGCGGACCUGGCGGCCGGGGAAGGGGAAGGGGAGGCGCCUCCCCGGCCGCCGGGGCUUGUAGUAAUAACGCCUCAGGAGCCCGCGAGCUAACCUCUCAGAAAAAAUUUGAUGAAAUUAAGAAGGCUAACCAAGCUGCAGCUAGAAAGCUUGUUGAAGAUCAGUUCAGUUCCUCCUCUGAAGAAGAAGAUGAAGAUAUCAAAGGAAAACAUGGAAAAAUAUUGGCCAAGACAUUUACCACUUAUACAAAUCAAACUGAUGGAGAUGCAAGUGAACUGGAACGCACAAGGCAGUACAUGAAUGAUGCUUUUCAGUCUGGGGCAAUGACGUGCUUGAUAUGUAUUGCUUCAAUUAAGAGAAACCAAGCGGUCUGGAGUUGUUCUGGAUGUUUCUGCAUAUUUCACAUGCCUUGCAUUCAGAAGUGGGCUAAGGAUAGCCUUUUCCUAAUAUCUUCUCCAUUGACAGAUGAUGAUUUUGGAAAGAGGGAUUAUCCAUGGCCUUGUCCAAAGUGCAGAUUUGAGUACAAGCGAUCGGAGACUCCCACUCGCUACUACUGCUACUGCAGAAAGGUAGAGGACCCACCACUUGAUCCCUGGCUAGUUCCGCAUUCCUGUGGCCAAGUAUGUGAAAGAGAUUUCAGGCCUCCCUGUGGACACAGGUGCCUGCUACUUUGUCACCCAGGUCCUUGCCCGCCUUGUCCAAAGAUGGUCACAAUAGCCUGCUACUGCAAGAAGGCUAAGCCUGUGCCACGAAGAUGCAGUACAAAAGAGUGGUCGUGUCAGCUGCCCUGUGGGCGAAAGCUGCCUUGUGGACAGCACAACUGUGAGAAACCUUGUCAUCCAGGAGACUGCCAGCCCUGUCCAAGAUUCAGUAAACAAGCUUGCAUCUGUGGUAGGCAAGUAGCAGAAAGGCUCUGUGCAAGUCCUUUAUGGCAGUGCGAUCAGGUGUGUGGCAAAACAUUGCCUUGUGGUUAUCAUGCCUGUGAACAGAUUUGUCAUGCUGGCUCUUGUGGGGAGUGUCCCCGAUCUGGCAAAAGGAGUUGUCCAUGUGGAAAAUCAAAAUUUUCUUUACCGUGUACGGAGGAUGUGCCUACAUGUGGAGACAGUUGUGACAAAGCUCUUGACUGUGGGAUUCAUAGAUGUUCCCAGCGCUGCCACCGAGGUCCCUGUGAAAUCUGUAGACAGGAAGUUGAAAAGCAGUGCCGCUGUGGAAAGCAUAUGAAGCAGAUGCCCUGCCAUAAGCCAUACCUUUGUGAAACAAAGUGUGCCAAAAUCCGUGACUGUCAAAAACACCAGUGCAAGAGGAAGUGUUGUUCUGGAAAUUGCCCACCGUGUGAUCAAGCAUGUGGACGAACUUUAGGAUGUCGGAAUCACAAGUGUCCUUCAGUGUGCCACAGAGGCAGCUGCUAUCCAUGUCCCGAGACUGUAGAUGUGAAGUGCAAUUGCGGCAAAACUGCUCUCAAAGUGCCAUGUGGUAGAGAACGCACCACCAAGGCUCCCAAGUGCAAGGAGCUAUGCAGGCAGCCACCUACCUGCCAUCAUCCUGCUCGAAAGAAACAUAGCUGCCACUUUGGCCCUUGUCCUCCUUGCCGCCAGCCCUGCAAGAAAACCUUUGAGAAAUGUGGUCAUUCCUGCCCUGCUCCUUGCCAUGAUGAAGCACUUGUAAAACAGACUGGUUCGCAUCAGCCAGCAGGCCCUUGGGAACAAUCAGCUGAGCCUACGUUUAUUCAGACGGCAUUGCCUUGCCCUCCAUGUCAAGUCCCUAUUCCAACGCAAUGCCUUGGGAAACAUGAGGUGAGUCCAUUGGCAUGUCAUGCUGUGGGACCCUACUCCUGCAAAAGGUUGUGUGGAAGGCUCCUUGACUGCCAGAAUCAUACUUGCAUGAAGGAAUGCCAUAAAGUUACUGAAACAGAUAGUAACAACGAUGUCCAUAAGGCAAGUCAAGAAUGUUCUCAGUGUGAAGAAGAAUGCUCCAAGCCACGACCACCUGGGUGCCCUCAUUCAUGCCCCCUGCCUUGCCACCCUGGAGAUUGCCCACCGUGUGCCCAGAUGAUACGGGUGAAGUGUCACUGCAAACUCACUAGCUUGUACAUUGAAUGCAUAAAAAUCACCUGUGCCGACUUAAAGGAAAAAGAUGAGCUGAAUUCCUGCAAAAAUCAGUGUCCAAAAGAGUUGUCCUGUGGUCAUCGAUGUAAAGAGAUCUGUCAUUCUUCUGACUGUCCUCAGAAUUGCAACCAGAAGGUUAAAGUCAGGUGCCCUUGCAAGAGACUCAAAAAGGAGCUGCUGUGCAGUAAGGUUCGAGGAGACCUAGUUACGUUAGAAUGUGACACAGUAUGCAAGGAAAUGAAACGGAAAGCUUCUGAGAUUAAAGAGGCCGAGGCCAGAGCUGCCCUUGAAGAGGAAAAACGAAGACAACAGGCUGAGCUGGAGGCUUUUGAGAACAGGCUUAAAGGUCGUCGGAAGAACAAGAGAAAAAAGGACGAGGUUGAAGUUGAACUAUCUGCAUGGCAAAAAUAUAAGAACAUGAUUGUGUUGCCAGUAUGUGGAGCUGCUGUGGUAAUGCUUGCGUGGUUCAUAGCCUACAAUGACUAAACUAUUCCAUUUCAAAACACCUCAAUAUGAUUAUAGAAAGUUAACUGCUAAGAUGUUGCGAUAUAAAUUAGGAUUUAAUGUUCAGUUGUACAGGUAGCGACUGAUUGGCACGUCAGCGGGGCCCAUGUAAAGCCGCCCCACCCUGUUCCAUCCCUUUUUAUGAUGUUUUGGGGUCAGUUCAGGAUUGGCACGAUACGGUUGUGCACAUAUCAGGUGCACCUGAUAUGGUUGCUGCCUGUAGCUCGUUAUAAUUUUCCUGUUCAUUUAAAGAAAGCUAGAACCAACCCCAGAUCCUAUACUUCACUCCCAAAUCAAUUUAAAAUACUGAGGUGACUCGACUGAAAGUUCUACAAUAUUGUUGGUUGAACCAUGCUAGGCAAUUGUGCCAGAUUAUAUUUUUAAAGUCUAAUUUGAGAACACCGAGUACCAUUCUUGUCAACAUCCAGUUGUUUUGUUCCACGCGUGCACCAGAUGAGCACUUGGUUUGUGUAGUCAUUUUUAACCCCUUGGCAGGUGGAAGCAGGAAAUGGAUGGUUUGAUUCUGUCACAGAUGACCAUGCCUACUCUCUGUUGGAGGAUGCUUAAAACUCUGAUCCCGUAAGAUGUAGUUCCUAUAGCACACAUGCACACUACAGCGCGGUCUUGCAUGAAAAAGCACCCUUGUUUGGUUCAGAUCAUAUGCAAGGAUUGGGUUGUGAAUCAUGCUGUUAUCUGAAUAGAAGACAAUGUUUUAAUGUUUUCAUCUUCGCUGUAUCAAUGUGGGUCUUCAAAAUAAACCAUAAAACCGUUCUUGAUGUUGAGCAGUUCUAGUCAUACUUUGUCAAAUGUAUCUUUUAAAAUACAAUACGGGUGUUCUGUACCUCCAAGAUACAUUUUUGUUGAAUAACAUAUUUCUAAAGGGAAGUGUCAGAUUUUUCUCCAGGACCUCUUGCAAAACUGGUCAUGUGCAAGUUGUCGAUUUUAUUAAUGUUUUAUUUCAAGGUCUAUUUUUUGCUAGUAAAAAGAAAAGAGUAUUUAAGGAUAUUGCUCUCCCUCUGAAAUGUAGCUUUCUCGAAGAAAAUUUACAUCAAAUAAAUUCGUAGCUGUGUUUGCUGUGUGUAAAGUGGCAUUCACAAUUUAGAAAACAGUGUAUGUACAUGUGGCAAGUUAAUUAUUUCAGGUGUGCAGAUAUGUAGAAGAAGAUGAAAUGUUGUCUUAAGCAGAUGCUCUCAGAGCUGGAAUUUAAAUAUCAAAUCAAGUAGCAAAUGUCCUAGCUAACCUGUUCAAUGUUUCUGUUUACAAAUUGACACCCUUGCUUUCAAUCCUUCAAAGUGAACAAUAAACUUUACUCCUGAACUACUUUUGUAUUUAAUUAUAUAGUGACUAUUGUCACAUCAAAUGAGGGAGUGCAAGUUCUUCUGACUUGCUUGCUAGUUCUUAAAAUGCUAAAUAAAUAUUACUGAUUAUUAAUUUCCUAUCUAAAUUUGGUCUUUGUAAGAAUUUCCUAAAUUCUUGGGCAAACAUCCCAGGUGAAGUCUGGUAGGAAUGCCUUUUGGAUACCUUCAAACAAUCUGAAAUUGAUAUUUUUGCAUAUUUCCAGCAGUGGGUCUUAUCCACUUAUGACUAUUAUGCAUAGGAUAAAAAUAUAUUCACUGUUCAGGGAUAUUUUUAUCAGAAGUAUGCUGGCAAAUUCUAAAACAUUCUUUGGAAAGGAAAACCACAAAAUAUUGUAACUUUGGACUUGUUAUAUUUACUAAAGAGUACAGUUAUUUUUGUUUUUCCAUUGCUUUAAGAAAGUAACUUGAAUAAAUCCAUCCUGCAAUUGUACAUUUUUAGAAUUCUAACUUGGUCAGCAGCUCACUUCCUAGCCACAUGAAUAAUUGAUACUAAUAUCACUUUAGGUUGUCAGAUUUCACUUUUAGGAUAUGUUAGCAUGAGUCAUUUAUUUUUGUACUGUUGCAACAAAAAAGAGAAAAUCCGUCUGUCAAUGUAGAUAAAUAGUGUGAAAACUGAUACCUGUUUGAGUCUUACUAUGUAUUAUGUGUGUUAAUAAAUCAGCAUUCUCUUGGUUUGAAUGUUGAUGAGAUUUGUUAGCUUCUCAACACAAAUAACUGGAAAGCUAAAAGGUUUUCGCUACUUCAGCACUUGUAUUAAAACAUUUGUCUUUAUGUGUAAAUGUACCUUCAUUUGAAAGAGAGUUGCUCCUUUAAUGUUUUGUAUGUUCAACUGAGUGGAAGAUGAGAAAAGCACGCAGAAUUUAAGUGUGGGGUAAGGCCUUCAGAAUCACUUCCCAUUUCUUGAUAUAAAUGAGAGGAGGGGAGCAUAGCUCAAUUAGCAGAGCUAUAUACUUUGCACUCAGGACAUACCAGGUUUGGUCUCUGGCAUCACCAGUUGGAAAAAUCCCAGUUUGCACAGGAUAUGAAAGACCACUUCCUGAGAUUUUGGAGAACCAUUUCCUGUCAGACAAAUCUGGCAUGGUAUGUGGCAGAUUUCGAUGUUAUGGCUACCACCAGGUCUUCCGCACCAUGAAAUAACAUAUUUUUGAACUGGGCAUUCAGUUCAAUAUAGCAUCUAGAAAAUCUCAGCCUUCAUCUCUUGAUAACGUUUCUAAACUAUAUGACUAUAAACAUCAGAGCUGAAAGUGUGUGAAAAGUGCUGGUGAAAUCAUAGGAAUUGUAGAGUUGGAAGGGACUGCGAGGGCCACCUAGUCCAACCCACAGCAACGCAGGAAUCUUUUGCCCCAUGUAGGGCUGGAAUCCACAACCCGGAGAUUAAGAGUCUCAUGCUCUACCGACUGAGCUAUGCUGGCUUGGGGCAAUGGUGGUGAGUUGACUGGAUAGUGCUCAUUUAGAUGGAGUUUCCUUUUAUAGCAGUAGCUCUUUUGCUUCUCAAGGCCAGCAGAAUAAAUUAUACAAAAUGAAGUAAAUAUAAAUGUGUUCAUAAUUUUUAUAAUUUUACACAUCUCAGAAUUCCGUUUUUCUAAAUUUAGGAAUUCCCUGCGUUAGAGAUGGAUAAGCAGAAGCUAAGAAAAUCAGUGGUCUUGCAGGUAUCGUAUUGUGUGUUUGCCAGUUGUAUGUUUCACAUACCUAAAUAAUAAAAGAUAGGCCUGUGAUGAGUUUUCAAGAAAGUGGGGGAGGGGGGUAGUGAUUCACAACACAGUAAACAUGACCAAUAGUCUAAACUGGAAAAAGAGAUCAGUCCAAAUAUUCCACAUUAGUCCUAAAUCCAAUUUGGCUACCCCUAUACUUCCUUGUGACAUCACUUUUUAUUCAGAAACACUUAGAACUAAAGCUUGAAUCAUUUAGGCUUAUCUAGAUUCUUCAGUGUUUCAUUCAGUAAACAUGCAAAUUUGCAGAUUUUCCAGAUGACUUUGCCUAUAUUCACACUUUAUUUAUUUACUGGACUUAGUAGUCACUUUUGUUUACAUAAUGUAAAGGGUGACUUGCAGUAUAAUACAGAAAUGAAAAUUAAUAUAAAGCUAAAACAAAGUAAAAGCUAAACACACACACGUAUAUAAGAACCCAUUGAAAGAGGCUGCAGUGUAUAAACUUUCCAAGUUAAAGGUGAAAAGCCUGGCUGAAAAGAAACAUUUUCUCUGGCACCUGAAAAUAGCCAUUCCGUAAGCAGGAAGCCACCAUUGAAAAGUUGUAUUCCUGUGUUGCUACCUCUGGAUAGAGUUUGGAGAGGGCACACAGAAUGCAGGAUCUGGAUUGGUUCAUGUGGGGACAGGUGGUCCAUGAGGUAUCAGGGCCCUGAGAUGCCUAACACUUUAUAAAUAAAAACCAGCCCUUUGAAUUGAGACUGGAAACUGAUUGGUAGGCAAUACAGUCUUGCCAGAAUUGGUUUUCUAUGCUUAGACCGUCUUGCCCUGUCCUCAGUCUGUCAAAUCCUGCACCACCUGCAGUUUCUGAACCAUCUUCAAAGUUGGCCCUGUGUACAACACAUGACAACAGAGGUUAGGCUGCCCCUGUCCAGAUGAGUGUGCAGAUUAGCCACCAGGUAAAGUGGAUGCAGGGCUCUUGCAUCAUGGAAGCCACUUGAGCCUCAGGUGACUAAAGGUUCCAGCAUUACACCCAAACUGCACACUUGCUACUACAGAGGGAGUAUAAUCCCAUUCAGAGCGGGGCACUUCCUAUGCAUCCAGUCUAGGGAACCACCCACUUACAGUGCCUCAGUCUUGUCUGGAUUGAGCUUCAGUUUAUUGGCUCUCAUAAAGUCCACUAUAGAGGAAAGACAUUGUUUCAGCACUUCCACUCAUGGCCACACCUGCAGAUGUAAAGGAGAAGGAACAGCUGUGGGUCGUCAGCAUAUUGCUGAUAACAUACUCCAAAACUCCAGCUGACACCACUUAGCAGUUUCAUGUAGAUGUUGUAUAUUGGUUAUAUAUGCUUCAGCAUUUUAACUUGACUCUCUUGUCCCAGCCAGAAGUUCAGAUCUCCUCUUCAGCUAAUGAACCUUUUGCAAUAGUAAGUAUUUGAAAUGUGAUUGUUGAAAUCAGUAUUUGAAAUCUGGUUGUUGUUUACUGAUGCAUUGUUCUCUCCCAAUUGUGAACUCAGUGGUCAAGUAUCUACUAGUUUAGGAACAGAACAGGGCCACCCAAAAACAAAGUAGUAGUUUGCACAUUGUUGGAGUGUGCUAGAAGAUAUGCAAAAGUAUAUGACUUUGCAAACUAACAGAAAAACUCAAAAGGAGGCUGACAAGAAGCUGUGAGCUUCCAGGGUCUCUGGCAGGAGUGAGGAACCCACUGGCUGGAAGUUGUAGUUCAACAAUGUCAGAAGGCUAAAGGCUCCCCACACUUUAGAAGAGUCAUCUAGUCUAACCCUCUGCAAUGUAGGAAUCUCAGCUAAAGCAUCCAUGUUGUCGUCUGCAAAUUUCAUGAACAUUCCUUGAAUUCCUUCGUCCAAAUCGUUUUAUAAAGAUGUAGGACAACAACAACAGGCCCAGGACAGAACCCUGUGGCACGCCACUUAUCUCUUUCUUUUCCAGGAUGAUGAGGAACAGGACCAGUCAGAGGCAGCAACAUAUUGCAACAUAGAUUUGGCAGGCCCCAAUCUAUUUCUGUGCUGCCUCCUCAAAAUAGGCUUGAGGCAGCUUUAAGAAAAAUAGUCAAAACAACAUCUUGGUAUAAUAUAUUGCCAUGGCAGUUCUUGCCUCAUUUACAAACAUGCAUUAUAAAAGGCUCAGUUGUACAGUGGUACCUCUAGUUACGGACUUAAUUAGUUCCGGAGGUUCAUUCUUAACCUGAAACUGUUCUGAACGAGAGGCGUGCUUUCACUAAUGGGACCUCUUGCUGCUGCCGUUCUGCUGGCACACAAUUUCCGUUCUCAUUCUGGGGCGAAGUUCUCAACUCGAGGUAACUCUUCCAGGUUAGCGGAGUUUGUAACCUGAAGCGUUUGUAACUUGAGGCGUUUGUAACUCGAGGUACCACUGUAUUUUGGAAUGGCAAAGCAUUGUAGUUUGGCCAGACAGUUGAAAGCUGGAGUACAUAACAAUUAGAAAAUUGUGAGGGGUGGCACCAAUAAUCCCAGGUACAAAAGAGGCAGCAUAGUCCAAGAAGAGGAAGAAUGUUUAAUCCAAGACCUACGGGGUAUUAGUGCUUAUGGACCUGGUUAUUUGUUUUGACUGUGAAUUAUCUGCCUUUUGAUAGACUCCUAGAAUACUGAAUUAUGGCAUAUUGUUUUUUAGUGGUUUUAUAUUUUGUGCCCCAUCCUAAGGUCACUUGUUGAUGAAAAGUGGGCUAAAAUAUUUCAGAUAAAUGUGACUUACUCUAAAAUGGGGCUGGGGAAUCCAAAGGUACAGUUAAAUAGAAAUACUUUCCAUUGGCAGAAUUAAGCUUAAAUUAUAACGGUUCUGUUAGAAUUCCAUGCCACUUGUUUAAAUAAAGAGAAAGACCUAAAACACAAUCUUCAGUUUUGCUUUUUUGCUUUCUUCCUGAAGAUGUAGGUGGUGGACUUUAAAUGUACAGUAUUUGGAUUUGUAUGCAGUAAACUUUGAAGGUUUUAGCCUCUUUUAGAGAGUAGUGUCUCUAUGAAGGGAAUUCCAGAUAGUUGGCUUCCACAAGGGAGGAGUGCAUCAUAAGGCAACCUGGGAAAGGCUUUUCCAGCUGAUCUUAAUAGAAGAUCAGCUGUUCCUAUGGGGGACAUGUUUAAAUACAGUGGGCUUGGGAUGUAAAGGUGAAAAACACCUUGAAUGGCCUGCCAAUGCCAACAUAGUGAAGUGAUGACUGGGUGGGUUUUUUUAAAAAAAACUUCCCAUUUAGGGAGAGUUGGGCUUGGCAAUGUCACAAGGCUACACAAAUUCCAAGACACUUUGUGGUUUUAAUUGGUGACUUCGGUACUAGAAAAUGUUAUUCCCCUCCCCAGUAUGCUUUAAAAUUUUAUUGGUUAAUGUUCCUACCAAAAAAUUAAAAAAAAAUGUGAUUACAACAUAAUUUAUUAAUACACAUGGUUUGUUAUUGGAGGAUGGAUGGCGGCUAACGGAUUGAGGUUGAAUUCUGACAAGACAGAAGUACUGUUUGUGGGGGACAGGAGGCGGGCAGGUGUGGAGGAUUCCCUGGUCCUGAAUGGGGUAACUGUGCCCCUGAAGGACCAGGUGUGCAGCCUGGGAGUCAUUUUGGACCCCCAGCUGUC